AUGUUCAGAUCACUAAGUAGAACAUUGCCCAGAAUCAUCAGAAGCAACAGCAAUAAUACUAUUUCAAUAAAAGUGCUAUCAAAAAACGCCAACCUAAUAAAUCCAAUCAGAUCAUCACCAUAUCUCUCAUCAAAAAGAUCAUUAUUCAUCCAAACAUCAGAAACUCCCAAUGAUCAAGCAUUAAAAUUUCUUCCAUCAAUGCAGAUUCUAGGUGAGAAUGAAACAGUAGAGUUUUUAAGUGGAAGGGAAGCUCAUUCAUCACCAUUAGCCGUUAAAUUAUUUAGUAUAGAUGGUAUAAAAACAAUCAUGUUUGGUUCAAAUUUCAUUACGGUGGAGAAAACUCCCGAAUACGAAUGGUCAAUACUUAAACCUGAAAUAUUUUCAAUACUUACUGAAUUUUUAACAAACGGAGAACCAAUAAUUAACGAGACUGAACUAAGUGACGAUUUAAAAUUAAAUGAAGAAGAUGAUGAAGUAGUAUCAAUGAUAAAAGAAUUAAUAUUUACAAGAAUAAGACCAGCAAUUCAAGACGACGGUGGAGAUAUAGAAUUUAUUAAAUUUGAUGAAGAUACAGGAACAGUUUACUUAAAGUUAAAAGGAGCUUGUAGAUCUUGUGAUUCAAGUUCGAUAACUUUGAAAAAUGGAAUUGAAAGUAUGCUUAAGCAUUAUAUUGAAGAAGUUGAAGCUGUUGAACCUAUUGAUGACAUCGAAGAAGAAGAAACACCAAGUUUGGGGUUUGAGUCUAAGGUUUUGCCUAGGAAGAGAGAUGAAGUUGCUGCUGAUGGCCCACCUACUUUAUAG